AUACCACCACACAUACAAAAUGUGGCUCCUCGAUUGGUUUUGGGAUACUCUUGCGUCCUUGGGACUCUUGAACAAACACGCAAAACUCCUCUUCCUCGGUCUCGAUAAUGCCGGAAAGACUACACUGUUACACAUGCUGAAGAACGACCGCGUUGCCAUUCUCCAACCUACUCUUCACCCUACAUCUGAGGAACUUGCUAUCGGCAAUGUCAAGUUCACAACUUUCGAUUUGGGAGGACAUCAACAGGCUCGUCGUCUCUGGAAGGAUUACUUCCCAGAAGUCUCCGGUAUCGUUUUCUUAGUCGACUCCAAAGAUCACGAACGUUUCGUCGAAUCGAAAGCCGAGCUCGAUGCCCUUUUGUCGAUGGAGGACCUUUCUAAAGUACCUUUCCUCAUUCUCGGAAACAAGAUCGAUCACCCAGAUGCCAUCAGCGAGGACCAAUUAAGACACGAAUUAGGAUUAUAUCAGACUACUGGAAAGGGCAAGGUUCCUCUUGAAGGUAUCAGACCUAUCGAGGUCUUCAUGUGCUCUGUGGUUAUGAGACAAGGUUACGGUGAAGGUAUUAGAUGGUUAUCACAGUAUGUCUAAAUAAUGGUGAGAAGGUUGUUGUGAAGGAGGUGUUUGGAAUGAAG